CACAAACAAACUUGAAGUGUUCUUCCUCAAUCUUCUUUGUUUCUCUCAGUCAGUUUGUUUUUCCUUUCCACUUAACUAGUUAGCUAGUCAAGUAAUGGAGGGAAAUGGCGGGUGUUGUCGAAGUUUCAUUCAGAGUUCAAAGCCAUACAUAGCUAUGAUUUCUCUGCAAUUCGGCUAUGCCGGAAUGAACAUCAUCACUAAGGUUUCGCUCAACCGUGGAAUGAGCCACUACGUGCUUGUUGUUUACAGGCACGCCUUCGCCACCGCAGCUAUUGCACCAUUUGCUCUUGUUCUUGAGAGGAAAAUAAGACCAAAGAUUACAUUCCCCAUUUUCAUGCAACUUUUUGUACUGGGUCUGCUUGGGCCGGUCAUUGAUCAAAACUUCUACUACGCCGGAUUGAAGUUUACAUCCCCGACCUUCUCUUGUGCCAUGAGUAACAUGCUUCCGGCAAUGACAUUCGUCAUGGCUGUCCUUUGCAGGAUGGAGAAGCUGGACAUGAAGAAGGUUAGAUGCCAAGCGAAGCUGAUAGGCACAAUUGUGACAGUGGCCGGAGCCAUGCUGAUGACGUUGUACAAAGGAAACAUCAUUAACUUUCCAUGGUCGGGUCACUUGGCAAACUCCAAUAAUGCCCCUAGUGCAAAUAAUAAUGAGGACAAGGACUGGCUCAAGGGAUCCAUUCUGCUCAUCUUGGCCACCCUUGCCUGGGCUUCUUUCUUUAUCAUUCAGGCAGUGACACAGAAGAGGUACCAAGCUCCGUUAUCCCUCACCGCAAUCGUCUGCUUCUUGGGAACUCUGCAGUCCAUAGCUGUUACCUUUGUCAUGGAACACAAGCCGGCGGCUUGGACCAUUGGUUGGGACAUAAACCUUCUUGCUGCUGCAUAUGCUGGCAUAGUUUCAUCGAGCCUUGCAUACUACGUUCAAGGGCUGGUGAUGGAGAAAACAGGUCCUGUUUUUGUCACCGCUUUCAGCCCUCUUAUGAUGAUCAUUGUGGCUGUCAUGGGUUCUUUCAUCCUUGCUGAGAACAUCUAUCUUGGAGGUAUUCUUGGUGCUGUACUAAUUGUCAUGGGACUCUACUCGGUUCUCUGGGGCAAGUACAAAGAGUACAAAGAAAAAGAAGCUGAGAGCUUUAAUAUUCCUCAAGCAAUAAAGGGUACUACAGCUACUACUGGAGACAUCACUACUGAUUUACAAGACAUUGAAAUACAAAAGAGCAGCCAACCUAACCCCAAGGAAUGAGGCACCAACAUUUAGAAAAGGUCCAAGAGAGGCUUUUCUUUUCUUUUUUGUACUCGUAGUUGAAUCUGACCCUUUUAUUUUUAUUUUUUGUUUUCUUUUUGUUGAUUUACUUACUAUGAUGUAUCCUGUUAUAUGUCGUGUAAGUUUAUAUAAUGAAAAUUUCGAUAUAUGAGAAGAAUAACGAGAUAUUAAAUGCA